AUGGCAGAUGUAGAGCGAGCGCAUGCAGUGGGGGGCAGGCAGCAGCAGCUGCUGCAGCAGCUGCAGCAGUUGCAGCAGCUGCAGCAGCUGCAGCAGCACGGCAGGGACUUGCUGCAGCCCCUCCCGUCGUCUGCAGCAGCAGCAGCAGCAGAAUUAGAGACCCUGUACGAAAGGGAAACAAGGGAUAGGGGAGAAGGCAGAGCUGCAGUGGCCCAUUUGCUGCAGCAGGUCACUGCAGCCGAAGCAGCAGCAGCAGCAGCAGCAGCCCGGCAGCAGCAGCAGCAGCUGUCUGCUUUUUCCUUCUUCUCCGACGCCACGCAGCAGUCCCUCGUUUCCAGCCAAAGAAAGAGAAACGCAGGAGAGCUGAAGCAGUGCACCGAAGAAGAAGCAGCAGCAGCAGCACCAGCAGCAGCAGCAGCAGCAGCAGCAAGGAAGGGGGAGGAAGAGGAUGACGAGGCCGAAGAGGCGCAGCAGCUGCUGCUGCAGCUGCAGCAGCUAAAGGCUGCUGCUGCUUCUCCGAACUGCGCAAAGGAGACCCUGGGGGAGCUGCUGCUCUCCAUGCAGCUGGACGGCGUUGCUGCAGCAGAAGCAGCAGCAGCAGCAGCAGCGGGAGGAGCAGCAGAAGCAGCAGCAGAACUGGACUUCGAGAAGGAAAUAGCAGCAGCAAAAAGAAUCAAAGAGAGACUGCUGGCGGAGGAGCAGCUGCGGGCCCUUUUGCUGCCGCUGAGAGACACAAUUGAAGCAAAAGAAAUAAAAGAAUUAAAAGAAACAAAAGAAUUAAAGGAACUAAAAGAAACAACUUUUGCUGCUGAUCUUUUGACAGCAAUUGCUGCUAAGGAGACGCGAGGCAGCCUGGAAACGCCCAGCAGAAGCAGCAGCAGCAGCCGCAGCAGCUUGCAGCGCGACUGCUGCAGCAGAGGCCCCAGCAAAGCAGCCGCGGCAGCAGCAGCUGCAGCAGCAGCAGCAGCAGAAAGUGGGGACUCUAGAGACAGCGGCGCGGAGACUGAUGAAGAAAACGAAGGGUCCCCGGAGCUGUUCAAGCUGCAGCAGGAAGCUGUGAAGCAUUGUCUUCUGGACUUACAGAAGCAAUGCAGAUUGUUAUAUCCUUUUGGAGUUUGCGGGGGAAAAGCGAAAGAAAUAAAAGUGCAUUUGGAGACAGUUGCUGCAGCAGCAAGUUUCCGGGAAAUUCGGGUGUACAUACAGCUCUUCCAAAACUGCCUCUUCAGCGGACUGCUGCCAAGCAGCAUGCAGAAGGAGACUCAGAAGUUAUAUUUUGUUGCUCUUGCUGCUGUUGCUAGCGCGCUUAGAAGCAGGAGACGCCCAGCAGCAGCAGCAGCAGCAGCCGCGCAGCAGCAGCAGCAGCAGCAGAGAGAGGCGUUCGACGCCGGCUGCUGCUUUCUUUGA